CAUCCCCCAUCCCCCACUGCUCUACGUGCUUCCAUACAGCCUGAAAAAUCAACCGGAGGAAACAGAGGAGAAUAGACUAACCCUUACCAUCCCGGGAAGAUCGCGCGUAAUCGGGAUCAUAGACUGGACCAGAGUGACCCAUCCGAACCAUCGCGCUCUGUAAAAACAGGCUGUCUUCCAACAUGAACCCGGUGUACAGUCCAGUGCAACCGGGAACCCCGUACGGAAACCCGAAGAAUAUGGCAUACACGGGUUAUCCUGGAGGUUAUCCGACGACCGCUCCAGCCUACACAGCCAACCUGUAUCAGACGGGCAACCCGGGAUACCCGCAAGUUCUGCUGGUGAAGCAGGCCUGGCCCCAGACGGCAUCGGCCCCGGGGCCCGCAGAAAGCUCCUAUGACCUGGCUGUGGACGCUGGCUCAGAGAGCAGGCAGUACCAGGCAUCAUCUACUGCAUUCAGAUAUACUGCAGGAACGCCUUAUAAAGUGCCCCCUACUCAGACCAAUGGAGCCCCCCCUCCCUACUCCCCGUCCCCUAACCCUUACCAAACGGCUAUGUACCCCAUUAGAAGUGCCUACCCCCAGCAGAACCUCUAUGCUCAGGGUGCUUACUACACACAGCCGGUGUAUGCGGCCCAGCCUCAUGUCAUCCACCACACCACCGUGGUCCAGCCCAACAGCAUCCCCUCCGCCAUCUACCAGGCUCCCGUACCCAAUCAGCGCUCAAACGGGAUGGCCAUGGGCAUGGUGGCUGGGACGACGAUGGCCAUGUCCGCUGGGACCUUGCUGACCACCCCUCAGCACACUCAAAUCGGAGCACACCCCGUCACCGUGCCAACGUACCGACCCCAAGGGACACCCGGGUACAGCUAUGUGCCACCUCACUGGUAGAGCCCACCUGCCAAUCAUAUCUGGAGUCAAACAUUGUAUGCAACUACUAAAGUCUUACAUCGGCGCUCUGUGCUCAACAGUGAGGCGCCACGUCUGUUUGCAAGAACAAAAGAGAAAAAGUGCAAGGGUCACUUUAUGCAUUCUUAUGUGUUUUUGUAAAAGCUGCUUUUUUAUCUUUUAUUUAAGUUCUUAUUUUCUUGGGAUGACGUUCUUGCAUUAGGUUUUUUUUCCUCUUCAUUUUCAGUGUUCCACAGUCACUUCUGUAAGAGCUCCAGAAUGAUUUCGACCAAUCACGCCUCUUCGAGCGUUUCCUCUUUUUUGUGUUCUGUGUAACCGCCGGUGUGUAGGAAUGUACCGACGCAAUAUCAGCACCACUCGGAUCAUUCACUCGAUUAUGCUGCCAAAUUUGAUAACCUUUAGAUAUUAGCGCAGGGUUGUUUUUUCGUUUUUGUUUAUUUACAGCGACCUUUGGUUUCGGCCUUCCCCGUUCCCUUCACGGAACGUCCUUUUGAUUUUCUAAGGACAUUUAAUUUGGUCAGAUUUCCCUGAUUUUGGUCAUUGAAAACAAGGGUGUCUUCCAGCUUGUAGCUGUUCCUGUAGAUUUGUAAGGAAUUAUAUCAUUAGUAGGCCUGUGCAAACGUGGUUUAACCUUCAUUAGGAUAUCGAGUGCAUACAGUAAUCUUAGUUAUUCACUAAAUAGAGAACGUUUGAGUGAGCCGGUUACUUUCUUAGCUUAUGUGUCCGGAUAGCGUAAGCUUCUGAACUAUAACGUGUAUAUUCGAUCUAUAUAAAUGUGCGCACGGGUGCUCUCGCAGGGAAAGCGGCGUCACGGGGGAAUAUUGAGGGGGGGAAAUGUAUCGGUGGCACUUAGCUGGAGCCUCCGGGUGCGAUGCCAUCACGGUGGCAUCGAAACUGAUCGACGUGUGCCAACUUUGAGGCCGGAUAGGAUGGACACUACUCUUGACUUGACCGUAAGGAUUGCAUCCAGGAUUCAAAGGGAUUUUAACGCGACGUAGAUGGCACUAAAAGCAACAAAAAAAUAAGAGGAGCGGUUAAAAAAAACACGAACCUGCUCUGGGUCUAGGGUGGGUGGAAUCUAACCCCUCUGUGAAUUCUUGGGUCUGUACGCCUUUAGUUGCGCAGAUUUUAAGCGUAGAAGCGCGGUUGAUCAAUGCAAUAAUGAGAACGGCCUGCUCGAGCGGCUUUUUAAAUUGUAAUUUACAGCAUUUUAGAGCGAGAACAGAGAGAAUUUUGAGUUCCUAUCCGAGGCCUCGCCUGUAUCCAUGAAUCGUGUAUUCAGAAGUGACAUGUCAAGUAUUCUAUGAGAUGUUAUACUGAUGCAUUGCACAUUGACAAAUAGACGUAACUUAAUAACCAAUUAUACGGUACACUCUCAUAUUUAAUGAUGUAAUUAAGAAAAACAAGCAUUUACUCUAGAAACCAUUAGUCUUGGUAUGUCUCUGGAAGUAAUCUUAUCGUCAGUACAAAGAAAAAACAGUAUCACUCUUUCGUUGUCGUUUUCGUUGGCUAAUGAACCACUAUUUCGAUAUAGUAAAGCGCAAGGGGGGGAGAAGCGAUCCUCUGGUCUUAUGUGAAAGUAAUGAAGUCUAGUAAUGCAUGUGUCAUGCGUUUGAAUGCAGUAUCGUGUCAUGGGAUGGAAACUGUGCCCUCGCUAAGCAUGGUUGCAUCAUGUCCAAUCGCAGCUUACGGAUUGCUUCGAAUAAUACGUGAAUCACACAUUCCCUUCGAUGUUUCCUUGUAGGUAAAAGCCCGAAUACGUCAAGGUCACGUUUGAGCCCAAAAUCAAAAGAAGAGCUCAUUUCCAACUUUACAUUUUUAUUACAUCGAUGCAGCUGGAUGUUUUACUUUAUAGACGUCAUUCUUUACUUCAUUACAGUAAACAAAUACUGUAUUGUAAUUCUUUUGUAAGUCGAUAAAUAGUACCAUGAAGUAAAAAUACAUAUUAUAAUAUUUUAAUCAUUCUUGCGUUACAGUAAUGAGAAUUGGGGGAGAAUUCUCAUUACUGGUUUUAAAACGAAACCUUUUACGCAAAAUCUAAAUUUUUCUUCCUGUUGAUUUGGGGGUAAAAUGUGACUUUGGUGUGGUCUUGAAAUGUUUUGUGAGAUUCAUAGCAGAAUAUUGCUGUAACUUUACCACAUUAGGAACUUUUAAUCAUUUAUUGGCCUUUAAAAAUGAUGAAUAUUUUUGGCCUGCGCUAGUUGGAUAAAACGCCAGGUUUUUGUUUCACAAAGUUCCAAAUUGAUUGGUUGAUAAAAGGAUUAAAAUCCUAAAAUUAUUUGACCAGACUCUUUCCCUUUAGUCUUUAAACAGUAUUACAGCAAGCAGUAAGAUGCAUUUUCUAGGGGUUUUUUUGGGGCAACAUCGUGACCGAUGGAUGCAACUGAUCACGAUAGCCGACAUAAGUAAACAUUCAGCGGUCCGAAACACAAACCUGAGACCUCUAAACUCAAAGCUUAGAGAUAUCACAGACGAUUCGUUCAGGACGAAAGGAUUUCACCAUCCACUCUGUAAUUUAGGCGCUUUUUACGUAAGUGUUAUUUAAAGUUUUAAUUAAUGAUUGAUGUUAAUUUUUUCUUAAAAUAGGAGAUCUUCAUAGUUGAUCUGGAGUGGAGUGAAUUACGGUUCAUGUGGUUGAGAGGCAUUUCAGAGCACAAGUCUUCAAAGGGUUUCCUCUUCAUUCAUUUCCACAUUCUGUCUUUCUCUUCCUCGUUCUGUUGAAAUGGGAUCGGCGGAGGUCAGCCGUCUGAGAUUUAAGGUUUUCUUUGAACUUUGUCUGAAAAUGAGUUUUGUCGCAGCUACUGGAAUGCACAACGCAGGAUCAUCAUCGCAUACUUCAGUCAAGCUCAUAUCGUUCCAAAACUCUUUCUUUCUUCGAAGAGGGAUAUAAACGCCCGUCCUCUGUGGCCACGCAAUAACGUGGCAUUGGAAGUUGAAACGUCAGAUUUGUGGCGUUGUGAGGGCAAGUAAAUGAUGACACGGCUGUUCUUUUUCCAAUACCAUGCUUAUCAGUCAUUAUUUUUGUGGGGGGCUUUAGAUGUUUGUCCUUGCUAAAAUAGAUUGAUCUGUCUAAUGUGAACCUGAGAGUUGCGAUUCGCUCUGGCGUCGGCGUGAGCAUUCGGUUUCUUGUCCUCCGAUUGUUUUAGAUCUCGUUGAUUUUGUGAACCCAUGCACUGUUCUGUUGUUUCAUUUCAGGGCAUCGAUCAAACGAUUGUUUACUAGCGCCCGUGACGCAUGCAGCGGGUUAUUCUUUGAGACACCUAUGUACCAGGACCCCCUUGAACACGAGAUGGUGCAUCUCAAGGGGUUUAUCCAAUUAAUACAUUUCAUCUUUAGCUCCGGCGAUCUCAGUCACGUCACCAGUAUGUCGAGAUAUUUCCACAUUCAUUGAGGCACUGGUUUCUCUUGCUAAAACGCCCCCAUCAUUGUCCAUGAUAGAAGAACACUGUUGUUUAGGGUGACUUUGUUUUACGUUUCACCCGUGCAAGACUUGUUGUUUGCAUUCUAAAUGUAAAGCAAAAAGGGGAAAGUCUUCCAGAAUUGAUCUCCCUUCAGUGAGAGUGAAAGACGUCUCGGCCCACACGACGUGUCAGGCACCACAUCACGGUUCUGGCACCGGUGAGAUCUCAUGCGGGUCAGAGCGCCAGCGCGGUCCAGGCCGUGUCUUUCAUUCAUUUGAGCAAGGAGACCCACAUUAGACUUGUGAAAUGAAGUGUAAUUCUGUUUUUAUUAUAAUGGGUUUUUUAUUGUUUUGUUUUUGUUUUGGAAGAUCAGUUAGUGAUCUCUGUGACAUAAUUAAGCCAAGUUUGUAAUUGUAUAAUAUUUACUGUAAGAUGUAGAACAUUCAAUAACUAUUAAAAUCUUUCCAAAAAUGU